GGGGCGUGCCUUGACUACGCCCCCUCCCUCCCUCGCCGCCAGCUGCCAGUCAGGCGAGCGCGUGCUGUUGACUGCCUCCGACCGCGCAGGCGCUGUGGCGGCUUCGGGUUCCCUCAAGCGAGGGGAGGCGAGAGAGCGCAGCAGACGCGGUUUGGAGCAGCCGGAGCCUGACGGGGCUCCUUCUUCCCCUUCUCUCCGCCAGCCGCCGCGGUCAGUGUGAGGCGCUCCGGCCGCCACCGGCUCUGGCCAUGAGUCCCGACGAGAAGCCGCCGCCGCCCCCGAGCCGCUCGCGGAGCAGCCGGACGCCUCAGGUGCCGCGGCGCGGGGGGCUUCUGAGCGAGAUCCGGACCCCGGUCUUCACCGAGCCUUUCCAGGAGCGCUACAGCCUCAGCCCCGGCCGGGAACUGGGCAGGGGAAAAUUUGCGGUGGUAAAGAAGUGUGUGAAAAAAGAGACAGAAAAAGAGUUUGCAGCAAAAUUCAUGAGAAAACGACGAAAAGGUCAAGACUGCCGGAUGGAGAUAAUUCAUGAGAUAGCAGUUCUGGAAUUGGCACAACGCAACCACUGGGUUAUUAGCUUGCAUGAAGUCUAUGAGACACCAACAGAAAUGAUCCUCGUUUUGGAAUAUGCUGCUGGAGGGGAGAUCUUUGACCAGUGUGUAGCUGAAAGAGAAGAUGCCUUCAAGGAGAAAGACGUUAAGCGUCUCAUGAAGCAGAUCUUGGAAGGGGUUUCAUUUUUACAUCAUAAUAAUGUAGUUCAUCUUGACUUGAAGCCCCAGAACAUUUUGCUAACCAGCAGUUCGCCCUUGGGAGAUGUGAGGAUAGUUGACUUUGGUCUUUCCAGAGUAAUGAACAACAGCGAAGAACUAAGAGAAAUUAUGGGAACCCCUGAAUAUGUUGCUCCAGAAGUCCUGAGCUAUGACCCAAUCAGCACUGCAACAGACAUGUGGAGCAUCGGAGUACUAGCCUAUGUCAUGUUAACAGGAGUCUCUCCUUUCUUGGGAAAUAGUAAACAGGAAACAUUCUUAAAUAUCUCUCAGAUGAAUGUAAACUUCUCUGAAGAUUUUGACCUUAUAUCAGAAUCUGCUGUGGAUUUCAUCAAAGCUCUCCUGGUUAAAAGACCUGAGGAACGAGCAACCGCAGAAGAAUGUUUAUUACAUUCAUGGCUAGCACAAACUGAUGUUCCUGAGACUCUGUGCUGGAGUAAGAAUAUAGAAGAAGAAGCAGAUGCUCUUACUGUAAACGAGGAAGAUUCCACUUCUGAAAUUUCUGUGGACGGAGAAAAAACAGAAGAAUCAGUAGUGACAGAAGAGCUGAUCGUAGUAGCUUCAUAUACCUUGGGACAAUGUAGGCAAUCAGAAAAAGACAACAUUGUUGAACAAAAAGCCAUUUCCAAGCGGUUUAAGUUUGAGGAGCCUCUGUUGCAAGAAUUGCCUGGAGAAUUUAUUUACUGAAUUGUGACUUGCUUCUCCCCUGAGACUCUGAAACUAAUUUGGAAGACUGGUCAUUUACCUCCCCCAUCUUAUGUAUAGCCAUGUGCAUAUAUCCUUCUGAAUACAGAAGGGAGAUAUUAAAAGCCAACUAGAAAACUG